UAUUUCUUUUGGUUUAUUAAUUUAUUAUUUAAUGCUUAUUUAUUGUUUAUUAUUGUUUAUAUCUUUUAAAAUUGGGCAACAAAAUGUGGGGAUUACCGGCGCACUUAGCCCUUCUAUGUGGAAAAGAAGUGUUGCCUGAUUCUAUAAACAAAUUUUUAUUGCUGUAGAUUCUCUUGAUUAAAAUUAAAUUUUAAGGCUUUAUUUUGAAUGGAAAAAUGACUGAAAUAGAAGCUACAGAAAUCGUAACUAAAGAGGAAGAGGAUAGAGAUGAAGAAGAGUCUGUUUAUUCUGAUCCAAAUGUGGCUGUUAUUGUCUCGUUUCUUGAUCAGUUUGGAACUGCAGUCUUUCCUGAUAAACCUCCAGUCAUGAGUGAUUUGAUGGAUUGGAUUAGUAAUACAGAUGAGGUAUCACCGGAACUUCAGGAUAUUCAUGUGAAAUUAUUGCGGAAAUUAAAACGUUCAGUAAAUGCUGAAAAAUGGGAGAAAGCAAUAAUCAAAUUUUGCUAUUUUUAUGGUGGAGCCGAUGAUGCUUUCGAGGUUGAACGAUAUGGAUAUUUACAUUCAAACUUAGGAGCUAAACUUCGUAUUUUAAAAAAUCUCCUUGAGGGACAAUUUGACGUAAACGUUAAAUUUAAGAAUCUGAUCAAUGCAAAGCCCAGUACAGAAUUGCGUCUGGAACCUUUUGGAAAAGACAAGGAUGGGAAUGUUUAUUACUGUCAAAUGGAUGAGAAAGCAAACAUAAAAAUAUAUCAAGAGAAUUUAGAUGAGGAAUCGUGGAGUGUAGUAGCCGGUAACCGAGAAGAACUUGCAAAAUUAAUUGAAGAAUUGAAAGGAUACCGUCCUAUUCGUCCUUUACCGAAAGAUUUAAUUGAUGAAGACUCUUCUAGUAAUAGUAGGCCAUCAGAAAAAGAAGAAGUGAAAGUUAAUGUCACUGAGCCAAUACCAGAUCAAGAAUACAGCAUUGACAAUGCUUCCGACGAAUUUCCUUUAAAACAGACAAUAAGAUUGAUUAAAAAACCGGAUGCCGUUCCAGUCUCAGACGUAAAGGAAGAAGAAAUCAAAGAAGACACUGAAACACAAAUUGAUGAAAAAGAAAGGGAAAUGCAAGAAAAGGCAAUUCAAAAGAAGCGUCGUCGCAAAUGACGUAAGUGGUACUGAGAUUAUUUAUUUAUUUCUUCAAUAAUAAUCACAAAAACUGUAAUUCAAUGCUCUUAAUGUAAGCUACCCUUAGAAUAUAAAAUUAAUUCUUAUAUUUUAUAAUUAUUUAUAAAUUAUAAAUAAAGUAAAUUAUUGAGCUUCUAAACAAA